AUGGUGAAAGCCGUCUUUUUUGCGAGGCAGAUGGCGAAGAAGAUUCGUGUUACGAUGCCGUCGAUGUCCGCAACACGCUUUGUCUCAACGGGCGAUAAUGGUCAACAGCAGAACCCUCCAGAUCCCUUGCCCAACAGACCUUUGCGAGGGGAGAGAUCUUCCAGCGAACCACCCGCUAGAUCUCGGAGUGAUGAUACUCUGUCCGACCAUGGCUUCCUCGAACAGUUCAAGCUUGGAGUCCAUCAUCAGGACUCAGGGGAAACCCCCAAAAUGGAACAAAUUCCCCAAGACCCCUUACCGCCGCCUGAAGAUUCCGAUGAGAUCUUCGAGAAGAUGAAGGAAGGUGGUCUCAUUCCUAACGCGGUCGCCAUGCUUGACGGCCUCUGCAAAGAUGGGCUUGUACAGGAAGCCAUGAAGCUUUUCGGGUUGAUGCGUGACAAGGGUAUCAUCCCUGAGAUCGUUAUCUACACUGCUGUCGUUGAGGGCUUUUGCAAGGCUCAUAAAAUUGAAGACGCUAAGAGGAUUUUCAGAAAAAUGCAGGCCAACGGGAUUGCCCCUAAUGCCUUCAGCUAUGGUGUCUUGGUUCAGGGAUUGUACAACUGCAACAUGCUUGACGAUGCUCUUGAUUUCUGUGGUGAGAUGCUCGAGUCUGGUCACUCUCCCAAUGUCCCCACUUUCGUCGGAUUGGUUGAUGCCUUGUGCAGAGAAAAGGGAGUCGAACAAGCCCAGUCUGCUAUUCAUAGCUUAAACCAAAAAGGACUUGCUGUUGAUUUAAAAGCUGUCCAGGAGUUCAUGGACAAAAGGGCUCCAUUUCCGGCUUUGGCUUGGGAAGCCAUAUUCAAGAAGAAACCAAUCGAGAAACCCUGCUGA